GAAUAUCUUUGUCGGAGAUUUCCCGCUGAAACAUUCAGUACGAUGUGUGCAGAUACAAAUGGCCAUUCAGAUCAAUCAAAUCAUUCACCUGUGCUGCUUUUAAUUCUUUACUUUUCUUUACUUAACGAGCAAGGCUUAAAUCCAUAUAACGUUCACAGACAGAAGAGGCAUUGUGUUUCAUUUUCAAUUUCAACUGAUUUCUCAGUGGAGCGGGAGGUUAUGUAAGUUUGUUUUAAGAAAGAAUUUAAAGCUUGAAAGCAGUCAUGGAAUUUCCGGAGGAGUUCAAUUGAUAACCAGUGGAGAGGCAGGGUAUGCAAAUUUGUUCUAAGAAAGAAUUCAAAGCACGAAAGCAGCCAUGAAAUUUCCGCAGGAGUUAAAUUGAUAACCAGUAGAGCGGCAGGAUAUGUAGAUUUGUUCUAAGAAAGAGUUUAAAGCUCGAAAGCAGCCAUGAAAUUCGCCGAGGAGUUCAAUUGAUAACCAGUGGAAAGGCAGGGUAUGUAAAUUUGUUCUAAGAAAGAAUUUAAAGCUCGAAAGCAGCCAUGGAAUUUACGGAGGAGUGCAGUGGGAGUGGGGGUUGGCAGAACAACAAUGUGAAAGAACAGUUCGAGGAAUUGGUGCUCAAAUGGACUCUCCACGACAUUACGAAUGGAAAUCUCUAUCAUCAUAAGGUUGAUCAUAUUCCAGAGAGAUUUACGUCUGUAGGAGAAUACCUUGGCUCAUUUGUUUGGCCUCUAAUUGAAGAAAUGCGAGCAAAACUCCAACAGAGUCUGGAAUCUAUAUGUCAAGCACAAUAUGCAAUAAUGAAAUUUCAGGAAAAAACACAGCUAUCAGAAGGUGUAAUAGGGACAUAUGAGAUGCUUAUUGACAGGGAGAAUGAUACAGGAGACAACAAGGAGAAAGAAAAUUUGAAGUUGAAAUCAAUGGAUAUUCUUAUGCUAUCCAAAAAAUUACCUGAGAAUCUGGAUUACUUGUAUGAUGAUUACUUGUUAGCUUUAGUCCAUAGGACUGACUACGAUGAUACAACUCUGGAUGAAUUGACAGUGAACGUGAAAGUGAAGGCAUAUGUGCGCUAUGGUCAUCCCUUUACAUCAACAAAUUACAAUAUGAAUACUAAAUACUUUGCUUUCAAUCUCAGCAGUAUCAUAUCAUGUUCGAGAAUUUGGAAUGCUUUACAUACUCAUUUGGGAGUUAAGGAACAAAGUACGGCCAUGCUCUGUAAGGCAAUAUAUCUGAAUAGAGAGGAUUAUUACGAAGCAUGUGCAGAAGUGAAAGAAGAUGAUUUUGAGAAAUUCAGAAGCAAACACUUCAUGCCUCAUAACUUCAAUGAUUCUCAAGCUUCUGCUGUAUUUCAAGCAGUUAAUGCUAUUGAAUCUACUUUUUCCUCUGAUAUAAAGCUGAUCCAGGGUCCCCCAGGAACAGGAAAGACCUCGACCCUGAUCUCACUUCUUUCCAUCUUAGUCCAUAAGCAGUUCAAAGUACUUGUGUGCGCACCCACAAAUGCAGCAGUAUCAGAAGUGGCAAUGAGAUUCAUCAAUAUUGUUAAAAGUCCAUCUGGAUGUUGUCCUGAUACAGAUAAGUUUCCUUGUGUCUUGAAUUUGAGUGAUCUCCUACUUGUAGGAAAUGAAGAGAGAUUUGAUCCUAAAGGUAUUUUUAGAGAUAUUUUCCUUACAUAUCGAGUUGAUCGUUUGUCGAAAUGUUUCCUGCCAAUGACGGGAUGGAGGCACAGGGUGAUAUCACUUCUCGACUUUCUUCAAUUAGCUGCUUCCCAGUAUGAAGUUUUUCAGCAAGCACCCCAAGAAACAGGCUUGAUUGAUUUUUCAGAGUACAUCAAGCAGACACUGAAAAAAUUAACCUCAGAAUUUUAUGAAGGUGCAAGAACAUUAUUAAAUGAUUUACCAGGGGCCUUAUCAGGAAAACAAGAGUUGGAAUGUUUGAUCGACAUUGUUCAAUCUUUUGUGAAUCUUAUUGAAGAUAAUAAAGUCAAAGAAAGAGUCCUUAGAGAAUGUUUUUGCAGUAACAGUGAAGGCGUGGGAGAAACAGAAGGGUUAACAGGUAAAUUUAACGAGAAUAUGCUUGAUGAUAAGCAAGACUUAAAGGUUAUUCUUUAUAUGAAGAGAUGUGAGUGUAUCCAAUUGCUGAGAAAGCAUUUAUCCGGUGGAACUGAUAUUGCCUGCUUGACCCAAAAAUUCAUCUUGACUGAGGGAAUAGAGAAAAUGUGCACGUCGCAUGCAAAAUUGGUAUUUUCAACAGUCUCAUCUUCUGCAAAAAGGUGCAUGAAUGUGGCUGCAUCAUUUGACUGCUUGAUUAUUGAUGAGGCAGCCCAGCUUACAGAGGCCGAGUCAACUAUUGCAUUGCAAAUUAGAGGUUUGAGACAUGCAAUACUUAUAGGAGAUCCAAAUCAAUUGGCUGAAACAGUUAUCAGCAAGAUAUCACAGGAAGCAGGAUAUGGUAGAAGUCUCUUUGAAAGAUUGCAGCAUCUUGGACAUCCAUUCCAUCUUCUAAAUACACAAUAUCGCAUGCAUCCAUUGAUAUGUCAGUUCCCAAAUAUGGAGUUUUAUGGAAACUGUAUCAUAAAUGGUCCCAAUGUUAAAAAGGAACCAUAUGGCAUUGCACAUAUUAAAUCUGAAAUGUAUGGAACAUAUGCGUUUAUUAAUAUACAAGAUGGAAAAGAAGAGGAAGAUGAAUCUAGUAUGAGCAAGCGGAAUAUUGUUGAGGCUGCUGUUGUCAUGCACAUACUCUCAAAACUUUACAAAGUUUGUGCUAGCAGAAAAGGCUUGAAAAUUAGUGUGGGUGUAAUAUCACCCUAUAAUGCUCAAGUUAGCUACUUGGAAAGUAGGCUAAUGAAGAAGGAUGAAUGGAAGAACACCAUUGAUGUGGAGGUCAAAUCUGUUGAUGGGUUUCAAGGUGGAGAAAAGGACAUUAUCAUAAUUUCCACGGUCAGAACUGAAAAUAUUGGCUUCCUUUCUGAUCAUAGACGUGCAAAUGUUGCUUUGACACGUGCACGAUUUUGUCUUUGGAUUGUUGGGAAUGGAUCCAUGCUUGUGAAAAGCAAAUCUGUAUGGGAGAAUAUAGCAAAAGAUGCAAUUGCAAGGAAGUGCUUUCUAGAUCCAAGUGUCGAUAGUGGCAUUGUGAAAGUAAUAAGAAAUGCGAAGGCUGAGAUGAACCAACUUCAAGAUCUAUUAAAGAAGGAUUCAGUCUUGUUCAACAACACAAUCUGGAAGGUUAUGUUCAGCAAUGAGUUUAAGGAAUCAUUUACCAAGUUAAAGGGUUUAAAUGUGCGGCAGCAAAUAAUCAACACAAUACUGAAAUUGGCUAAUGGUUGGCGACAAAGUAAGAAACAUGCUGGUUCUCCUCAGGAAAACCUUAUAAAUGAAUAUGCAACAUCAGGUUUAUAUUUAGUGUGGACAACUGAUGUUGAACGAGGAGAGGAAGUAUGCCAAAUAUUGAAGAUAUGGAAUAUUCUUAGCCAUGUAGAAGUUCCUAACCUUAGACAACGCUUGGAAAAUGUUUUCACAACGUAUACACAGGAGUACAUUGCACGGUGCAAAGCAAUACUUUUGGAUAAACUAUCUUGUUCCAGGGAUGCAAAAACAGUACUACCAAGGCGAUGGAAGUAUGAUCCUGGGUUUGUUUGGUAUAGGCAUCUACAGCAACCAGAAAUGGUUGAAUCGCUUCAUUGUGAAACUCUUGAUAAGGAAACUAUCACGCUAGAGCAUGCCAAAGUAGAAGAAAGCUUAUUGCUAAUGAAGUUUUAUUCUUUGUCUUCUGGCAUUGCAAACCAAUUAUUAACAGCUAAAGAUGGAUCAGAGAUUGAUCUUCAGUUUGAGGUCAAUGAGGAAGAAUCACGAAUAAUCAGGUUUCCAAGAAGUUCAUUUAUUCUUGGACGCUCCGGUACAGGGAAGACAACUGUGCUUACAACCAAACUUCUUCAGAAGGAACAUCAGUUUUAUCUUGCGACUCAUGGUUUCUCAUGGGAGAAUCCGGGUAAACUAGAAAACACACUUGGGAGAAAAGAUUUGCAACAAGAUUAUAUUAAUUCAAGUUGUCUUCGCCAAAUGUUUGUAACUGUUAGUGCAAAGCUUUGUUCAGCAAUAAGGAAUCGCAUUAGUCGCAUUGACAGUUUCAUACAGGGAAAGGAUCUAACUCCCCACCAGGCAAUUCAUGACAGCAGUGAUAGUCUACAGGAUUUUCAAAAUAUUCCAGAUAGUUUUAUUGAUAUAGAUGACAAGCAUUUUCCUAUGGUCAUUACAUUUCAGAAAUUCUUGACAAUGUUAGAUGGGAGUGUUCGUAGCCAGUUCUUCCAAAACAGAUGUCCUGAAGAACAAGGGUACCAGAUGGAAAAGAAAGAUGAUUGUUCAAAUGACAACAUUGGCAAGGAAGUGGGUUUAACAAAGUCAGGAAGUAAUUGUAAGGACUUUGAUGACGAUGGUGAAGCCACUGAAAUACUUGAUGAUCAGGAACUUUUUAUUGGUGCAAAAAGAUCCAUGCAUACAAGAUCCCUUGCAUUCAUGCAAAUCAUGAGAAAAAAUGAAGUCAACUAUGAAUGCUUUGACUCAGUUUAUUGGCCACACUUCAAUGUAGAGUUAAGAAGAGGUCUUGACUCUUCAGUGGUAUUCACUGAAAUUGUAUCACACAUCAAAGGUAGUUUAAAAUCUCUUAGUUCUCCUGAUUUCAAGUUGAGUCGGGAUGACUAUAUUGGAAUAGCAGAAAGCCGUGUAUCUACAUUAUGUGUCAAACAAAGAGAAGCGAUCUAUGAUAUUUUCUUGCAAUAUGAAAAGCAAAAACAAAAAAACAGUAACUUUGACAUUGCUGAUGUUGUGAAUCACUUGCACCAUCAGAUCAGAUCUAAUGGAUAUUUAGGGGAGAAAAUGAACUUUGUUUAUGUUGAUGAAGUUCAGGAUCUUCCCAUGGCUCAAAUCUCUUUGUUCAAAUAUGUGUGCUCUAAUGUUAGGGAGGGCUUUAUCUUUGCUGGUGACACUGCUCAAACAAUUGCAAGAGGUGUUUACUUUCGUUUUGAAGACAUUAGAAAUUUGUUCUUUAAAGAAUUUCUUGAAGUAGACAAUGAUCAGUCCAAAACAAAAUUGAUGCCUGACCUGUUCCAUCUGAGCCAAAACUUUCGAACUCAUACUGGAAUAACCAAACUAGCACAGAGUGUUGUGGAGCUGCUGUAUCAUUUCUUUCCUUUUGCUGUAGAUAAAUUAAGGCCAGAGACCAGUCUAAUUUAUGGAGAAGCUCCAACAUUUCUGGAUACUAAGGAAGAGGAAAGUGUUAUUACCACUAUUUUUGGUCAUGGAGGAAACAUUGGAAGUGGAAAGUAUGAAUUUGGUGCCGAACAAGCAAUAUUAGUACGAGAUGAUGAUCAGAAAAUACAGGUCCUUGAGCAAGUGGGGAAGCAGUCUCUUGUGUUGACAAUACUCGAAUGCAAAGGACUUGAAUUUCAGGAUGUUCUGCUGUAUAAUUUCUUCAGUAGCUCUCCAUUGGGCAUGAAGUGGCGAGUAAUAUAUGAUUUCAUGGAACAGAAAGGUUUCAACAGCUGUGAGCAAUGUCAAUAUCCCAAGUUUGACAAUAUCAAGCAUAAUCUUCUGUGCAGUGAAGUGAAACAUUUAUAUGUUGCUAUCACCCGUUCAAAACAAAGAUUGUGGAUUUAUGAUGAGAAUGCUCAAUAUACUAAACCAAUGCUUGAUUAUUGGAAACGAAUGGGCAUUGUACGGUUCAGAUGUUUGGACAAAUCUAUGGUGGAAUCAAUGCAUGUUGUUAGUAGUUGUGAUGAUUGGAAGCAGCGUGGCAUUCAGAUGUUUAAUGAGAAAAAUUAUGACAUGGCGGUUAUUUGCUUUGAGAAGUCUGGAGAUGUGAAUAUGGCUAAAUGGGCAGAAGCUGCAAGGCUUCGAGAAGAUGGACAAAGAAAUUUUAAGACACACAAAGAAAUUGCCAAACACUUGCUGACAGUAGCAGCAAAUAUGUUCCUUUCUAUAGAGAAGCCAGAAUCUGCUGCUAAUUGUUUCAUUAUAAUGGGAGAAUAUAAGGAAGCUGGCAGAAUAUAUGUGGAAAAAUGUGAUGAAAGACGGCUUCAAGAUGCAGGAGAUUGUUUUGCAGAGGCAAAAUGCUGGCAUAAUGCGGCAGGUGCAUAUGCCAGAGCUAAUUGUAUUUCCAAAUGCCUAAAUGCCUGCAUAAAGGGAAAAAUAUUUGAGACCGGUUUGGAAUUUAUUCAAGUCUUACAAAAAGAAAAUUGUAAAUCAAACUGUGGAAAAUGUGAGAUUUGUGAAGGUGUAAAACUUGAAACUGAGUAUCUUAAAAUGUGUGCAACUCAUUUUCAUCAGAAAAAGGAUUCCAUGUCUAUGAUGAAAUUUGUCAAAGCCUUUCCUACAAUGGACUUAAUUAGAUCUUUUCUUUCAAGUAAAGAUUACUUUGAUGAACUUCUGGGAAUUGAAGAGGCAAAUGGGAACUACUUUGAGGCUGCAGAGGUGGCAGGGACAAAAGGAGAUUUGUUACUUGAGGUGGUAAUGCUAGAAAAAGCAAGAAAUUAUGAACAAGCAAUUAAAUCAAUUCAACUACAUGUGUGGUUAAAUUCUUUGUGGGGAAUGGGAAAUGAAGGAUGGCCGCUACAGCACUUUCCUGGAAAGAAUAAACUCUUAGAGAAAAUAAAACAAAUAGCUAAUCAAAACCUGCUCCAUAUACCUAAGGUCCUUGUUUCCCUUGAUUGUGAAGCAUCAAUGUUUUCAAGCCAGUCACAGAGUCUCUCUGAGUUAGCUGAACAAAUAAUCCUCUCACACCAGAUGAGAAAUGUCAAAUUCGAAGUUGUUUCUCUUCGUAAAGUUCUUGAUGUGCACCUUCGAUCUGAUGUCAAAACAUUUGAGCAUGACGAAGGAGUGAGUUCUUUCGAGAGGGUUGAUAGUUCCAAAAUGCUUCUGGAGAAUAGAGUCUCUUCAACAACAAUGAUGUUCAUUUGGAAUUCAUGGAAGGACAAAGUUUUAUCCUCUGUGUAUUCACUUUUAAAACUAGAAAAGCACCAGGAAAGAGAAGAAGAUAAAAUCUACAUUGAAUUUGCUUGUGAAUAUUUUGGCACCAGAGUGAACAGAAAUAAUAGAUUCUGCACCGUGUUUAAUAGUGAAGCCUUCUGGCUCAAGGGUAGGAGGCUUGAACUCUUGCAGAGACGAGGAAACUGUGCACAGAUUAGUAUUCAGAACUUUGCUAUGCAUGCUAAAGAGUUUCUUUUGAUGGAACUGUUUUCUGUCGGAGACCAGGUUCUCAAAAAGAUACAACAGAUCUAUCUUUCAUGCACAAAUCAGCAUUGCAUCCUUACUGUUGAAGGCACUCUGAUAAUUCAAAUUUAUCAAGUUUCAAAAGCUCUGGAAGAUAAGCUGUUAGCUGGGUUUGGACAGGUAACAAGUUUGAUUGGGAUUGAAAACCUGGUAAAUCGUUUCUUUGAGAUUUUUUUUCCAUUAAAGGCACAGUAUGAAAAUGUGAAGAAAUUUAUAUCUUUGCGUGAGAAUCCAACAAGCAGUUUGAUUCUCAAAGAUAUGACUCUCAAUAUAAUAAGCAAAAUGCAUGGUGGCUUAACUCUUGGCCAGAUUGGAAGAUUACAAGUAAUGCUCCCCUUUCUUCACAAGGAUCUGGUGACAGAGUACGGUAAGGAAAUUGUUAAGAGUCUCCAACACAAUGAUUGCUGGAAUAAUGUACUGCUCUGGCUGCAUAUGGAAACACUUACAGGAAACAGUUUUCAGGAUAAAAGGUUGAAUCUGAUAGAAAGCUUUGCAACAGCUUUAUACACUACUUUUCAGCAUUGGCAGAACCAAAGCAAUUACAUUUCUCCACAUAUUUUUCUCUCUCUACUGGAAAAGCUGUUCUUUUUUUCAUCUUCAUGUGAAUAUCGAUCAGGAGGCUUGUUUUUACCAAGGAUUUUCUUCGUAGAGUUAAUGACUGGAGAACAAGGGACCUCCUCCUGUGCUUGGUUUCUUCAGUCAUCGUCUUUACCUGGAUGCCAGGGAAGGCUUGAAAAGUUUUAUCAUCCCAUGCAUGAUAUAAUUCUUCAGCUAUUGGUAACUUCGAAAGCUGACACAUUUACAUGGAUGAAAGCUUUCAAGAUUGAUAGCAGAAUUUAUUUUCCAGAGAUGGCAACACGUUUGAUUAUUAUGCUUUGCUUGAUGGGUGUUAACAGCAUAGGUAUGUAUCAGAAUGCUAUGUAUACGCUUUCAUCUAUCUUCCGAGAUACAAAUAUCAGAAAGAAUCUGCCUCCUAAAUUUGGAGGAAAGCUGCACCAAUUUUUACAAAAAAACAAAACGAGCAGAGAUGCAUUUCUCACACACUUCUCUCGGUUAAUGAGAGAUAUUGAUAACCCAUUAGUAAUGAUUGAUUCAGUUAAAAGUCCAAAGCUUGAGAGUUGUACUGCUGAUUUCAUUGUUCUUGGACCUGAGAGCAUUAAUUAUAAGGAAAUUCUACUUCAAUCCAUCUUUCGGGAUGAAGGUGAUAUGAUUGCUUUAAAUGAAAGGGAUGGAGAUAUGAAGAGUAAAGAGCUUGUGAUACAGGGCAAAAUGAACAUGCUGCCAUCAAAAAGUAAUAGUUUUGAAACUAAUACAAAGCAUCUUUCAGGAACUUUGAAAUAUGGUGAGAGUUUUUGUGACAGUGCCGAGUCUCACAGAGAUAAACAGGACAAAGGAAAUGCUCACCUCAAAUCCAUAUUGGGUUCCAGUAGCAUUGAUCAACAGAAAAGGAGUGAUUCUUUAGGAGUUGAUUCUAGCUUUAGAGAUAAGAAUGCCCAAUUUUCAUUACUUGAAGAUCACAAAACAUCUUGCAAGUUUGAAGUAGAUGAUCAGUCUCUAGCGUCUUCUGCUCCGAGUCACCUUGAAGAGACACUAUCGAUCAAGGAAAAAUAUAUCCAGGAAGCAUGCAGGGUUUUCCAAGGGAUACAAAAUACUUCUUAUAUAGAGACUUUUAUCUUAAAAGCUUGCCCACUCAAGGCCGAGGUUGACGAAUUCGUGGACCUGAUAAAGACGGCAAUACCAAAAGUGAAACAACGCAAAGUUUUUCCUAAUGAAGAAAUUGACCUCUCAGAGGAAAUGCAUCACAUCCGUGAAGAAUUGUUGCAUUUAUCUGGACUCCUCCAUCCAAGGCACGAGAAGCACAAAGAAUGUGACGCUGAAUGGCUAGAGAAUGAUGUUAUAUCCCAUACCUCUACCAGAUUACAGGAAAGUAGGGACAGAUUGAACAGAUUUAAGUUUGUAUUUGAAGAUAACACCCAGGCUGACACACAGUGCAUUCAAACAGUCCAAUCUAAAAAUAAGCAGAAGAUAAAGAACAAGCCCAAGGGGCACAAGAAGGGUGGAAAACGGAGGAAGUAGAGUUCAAAAGAUCUGUCGGUGGAUUCAUCAAUGCAUGCAUUAUUACAUUGUGCUAGUAAAUUCAUGAUAUUGUAUUGGUUAUGAUUCCACCUCUUUUUGACGAGCUUCGCUUUUUAAUAUAUAUUAUUAGAACUUACGUCGGUAAAUUCAAACA